AUGAAGUUGAUGUGCAAAUGCCACGGCGUUUCCGGCUCGUGUACGGUGAAGAUCUGCUGGCGACGAAUGGGUGAAUUUCAAAAGAUCGGAGAAAAACUUUAUGAAAAAUUCGACGGGGCGACGCGGGUAAAGUUUUCAGGCCAACGCCAUAAACUGAAGCCAGCAGUUAUCGGUCACAAAAAACCAACUAAGCGAGACUUGGUCUAUCUCGAGGAAUCACCCGAUUUCUGUCAGGCAAACUCUAAAUAUGGCAUCUUCGGAACCAAGAGCCGGGAAUGUAAGAAGAACAGUUACGGUACUGAAGGUUGUGCCAUUCUGUGUUGUGGAAGAGGAUAUACUACUGUAAUUCUGGAGAAAGUUCAAGACUGCAAUUGCAAAUUCAAGUGGUGCUGCGAGGUGCGAUGUGACAAAUGCAAAAUUCGUGUUGAAACACACUACUGCAAAUAG